UUACUCCAUUUUCUUCUUGUAGUUGUUUCUUUCUUCCCUCAUCUUCAUUUACGUGCACCAUCCUUUCCAUCAAUUUUUCAAACAAGGUACUUCCUUAAUUCUCUCUUUUCUUCUGCCUUGUAUGUAAAAUAUAUAUAAAUUAGUUAGUUUAAGUUUGGUUUUAAAAGCUCGACAUUCCUAUUAGAGAAGAUUUGGAAACGUAGGUGUUUUAGUUCAAGGGAAGAAGAGUUAGAUUGGAGUGCAUCGAGAACACGACAUAGCUUACAAUAUGGCAGAAGGUAGUAGGAACGGACAGCUUUGUGGUAAUGUUGUAUCAUGGAUCAAAACAAUGCUAGAGCAACUACCUGUUGUUAAUGUAGGAUGUAGUAUCUAUCGAGUCCCCAAACUGUUACGUGAGAUGAAUAAUACAGCCUUUACCCCCCAAGUCAUUUCCAUUGGCCCAUUUCACCAUCAUAGUCGAGAUGAUUUGAUAGUCAAAGAGCAAUAUAAGCUUCAAGGACUUGCUAACUUUCUAUUUCGAAUGAUGAACAUGAGCUCAGUGGAAUUUCUUGUGGAAACUACUCAAACUUGGGUAAAAGACGCUCGAGAUUACUAUGCAGAACCUAUAAACAUGAACGACGAGGAUUUUAUUAAGAUGUUGCUGGUGGAUGGUUGUUUUACAGUGGAGUUGCUUAUAUUAAAUUAUGGCCAAUACAGCCGAGAUGCAUUCAUUCGAAUUGAACACAAAGUAGAUCUUCAAUUCUACAAAAGAUUUCCUCAUAUAGGUGCUGAUUUGGUCAAGUUGGAAAAUCAAAGUCCUUUCUUUGUUCUUCAACGUCUAUACCUUGUAAAACAAAAGGAUCCCUCCAUCUCCUUUAUAACUCUUACAAAAAUAUUUUUUAUCAUGGGAUUAAAUGGGGUUUUUGAAAUCCCACCCAUACUUAAUGAUGAUUACUUUGAACCCAUGAUGCAAAACUUGAUAGCGUUUGAGCAUGUUUAUGUUGGAAAUGAUAACAAGUGUAUCCAAUAUGUGUCAUUACUAGAUCAUUUGAUAUGUACAGAGAAAGAUGUGAGUGUACUUGUGAAAGCCAGAAUCAUAAUAAACGAAAUUGGAGGUAGUAGUAUAGAAGUUUCAAAACUGUUUAAUAAUCUCUGUAAAUUUGUUACAGUCCCAAAUUGUUGUCACUUCAACGAUAUCAACAAAGCUUUACGAGAACACUGCAGUAGACGAUGGAACAAGGCGAUAGCUACACUCAAACAUAACUAUUUCAAUACUCCUUGGGCUAUUGUCUCCUUCGUUGGUGCAAUCUUCCUCCUUAUUUUUGCCCUGCUUCAAACUAUAUUUUCUGGUAUAUCUUAA